AUGGCUGUUGCCGAGAGCGGCAGCAGCGCAGGCUCAACUUCAUUCAAUUGUUACAAAGUAGCAAACUUGACUGAAACCAUAUUGAAUGCAAAGCAAACUUCUAAUUUGAAAGACCGUUACAUUCUUGGGGAGCAGUUGGGGUGGGGACAAUUUGGUGUCAUUAGAACAUGCUCCGACAAAAUGACCGGAGAGGUUUUGGCAUGCAAAUCAAUUGCUAAAGAUAGGUUGGUGACUUUGGAUGAUAUGCAAAGUGUUAAACUCGAGAUUGAGAUCAUGGCGAAGUUGUCUGGGCACCCGAAUGUUGUAGAUCUUAAGGCAGUUUAUGAAGAGGAAGAUUUCGUUCAUUUGGUGAUGGAGCUUUGUGCUGGAGGGGAGCUGUUUCACCUGUUAGAGAAGCAUGGGAGGUUUUCUGAAUCUGAAGGCAUGGUUCUCUUUAGACAUCUCAUGCAAAUGGUUUUAUACUGUCACGAAAGCGGCGUUGUUCACCGAGAUUUGAAGCCCGAAAACAUUCUCUUAGCAACUAAAUCCUUCUCGUCUCCAAUUAAAUUGGCCGACUUUGGCCUUGCGACCUACAUUAAGCCUGGACAGAGUUUGCAUGGUUUAGUUGGGAGUCCAUUUUAUAUAGCUCCAGAGGUAUUGGCAGGUGCAUAUAACCAGGCUGCGGAUAUUUGGAGUGCUGGGGUUAUUCUUUAUAUUCUGUUGAGUGGGAUGCCACCGUUUUGGGGAAAGACUAAGUCGCGAAUAUUCGAAGCUGUUAAGGCUGCCGAUUUGAGGUUCCCGUCUGAACCUUGGAAUCGGAUCUCGGAAUCUGCUAAGGAUUUAAUAAGGCGGAUGCUUUGCGUAGAAUCUUCUCAAAGGCUCACCGCCCAAGAGGUUUUGAACCAUUGCUGGAUGGAAAGCGAUCCAACAAAUCUGGAACAACUAAGUGAAAAUAGAGUUGAAAGUUGCAAAGAUUGGCAUGUUGGCGGCGGCUCAUUCUCUUCAUCAUUUAUGUCAAGAAAUAAUGACAUCAGUUUUGGCGCUAGUUCACCUACGUGCGACGCUCAAUCACCUACGUUCACAUGCAAAUCAUCGUUUUCUUCCAUUUUCGUGGAACCAGUGACACCGUUUUCUGCUUCUGGCGGGUUUUCAUUUCGAAGCUCAGGAGGUCCCAUUGGUUUGGAAUUUUCUACUCCUGUUUCCUCUAUGCCUAGCUUUGCAUUUCUCAGCCCUAGUUCUGUUGUCGAGAAAAAGAGUCUUAUAUUCGAGUUCGAGUCUAACGCGUCAGAAGUAAAUGCAAUCGCUAAAGAUUCUCCUCUCUGCCUUGAAAAUUAUGUUAAAGAAAAGGAUCACAAGCCUGUAGAAACGAAAAGGGCAUGUGGAACAAAUUGUAACCGGGCGUUGGGAUUCCACAGCAAGAGAAACCGGACAAUUGGACUUGGCGAGUGUGAGCAACUUGAUCUUGUCGUGACCGAAUCUGUCAUUCGAUGGUUAUCAUGCACACAACUUCCUACAUCACCAAAUUCAUCUCUUGUCUGUUGA